AUUUCUUUCAUCCGGCUUACCCCCUGUAAUAAGCAGGGCUGCGUUUAGGCUGUUGACAUAGACUGAGCUUCAUGGGGGUCUUUGUGAACAGAAAAAGACCCAGGCUGGCUUUUGAUUUAUUAUUGAAAUCGACUCAAACAAACCCUGGAUCAUAGCUGGCAUGUCUGUAUACCAGGCAUAGCGCUUUGUCUGUGAUAACACUGAAACUGUGAUUAUUAGGACGGCAUUACGCACGCCUAUUCAGAUGAGGUGCACCGCAGCGCCUCCGUUCAUUACUAACAGGAGGAUAAACGCUUGAAGACACCAAUUAUUUAGGCCAUAACCUAUCCCAAUCUUUUGAACCGCCUGCUUGGUAUGAGAAACAUACUCGUGGGUAGGCACACCCUUUUGUGUAAACGCCAUCAGUUGAACAAACCGAGGAGGGAUGCUGCACAAAGUGUGUGUUGCUGUGUGUGCCAGGCCCUGAUAUGGUGAGGUGUGUCAGCUAUGACGGAUGUGGAGGCGACCUAUGAGGACUUCAUCGCCUCCCGACGGUCCGGCCGCAGGAACGCUAUCCAUGACAUCGCAGCAGCCCCCGGGGUGCAGGGACCCACUGAUCUGUCGCAGGGUUUGGCUCAGCUCAACAUCAACAAGUCAGGUGAUGAGGGUGACGACUCUGAGAAAAGCCAGGAUUCUCCAUCUAAAGAGCAGGAGAGUCAAGCUGGGGGCAGCUAACUGGUUAAGGGCAGCAGUCAUUUAUGGACUAAAGGGAGCCGAUCCUACUUGUCUACCUGAUCUUUGAAUGCUCGGCCUCUAAUUGGCUGAUAGCAUCUCCUUAUCCCAUCCCACAUCUGUACUCCAAGCCAAUGACAGGAGCUGACUCGGCAGGAUCCUCUACAGUCAUCAGCCCAAAGACAGGAAGCCCACAGCAUCACUCUUGCACCCACAGUGCUGUCUGCCCUGUGUACUUGGGUGUGUUCCCGUUUCCAUAAAAAGCCUCCUCUCUUCACCGCCUUUCCCUCACGGCUACUGAUAGUCAGACUGAAUGUGAAGGUGUGCUAGGUGGAGGCAGCGGGGUGUCAACGGCCAGUACCAGCCCUGUUCACCCAUCAGGGGGCCGCAGAGGAAAGGACAGACUGGAAAGCAGGCUGUUUUGGGGCGAGCUUAAGUGCUUCCACAGAACAAAUGAACCCUGCCCCCUCACCCACACACACCCCAACGCCUUAAGAUCUCAUCAUCAUGGAUACAGCUACACUCCUAGGGAACAUAUCUAGGGAACCGAGGACAGUGAUUGAACACUAACAGCUGCUCUGUUCUUCAGAUGUACUUGCCCUAUAAGUGCUCACUGUUAACCACUGCCCAGGAUGGACUGUUUUUGCGCCCUGCCCCCUCACAAUGGAUGCCAUCUAUCCAUCCAUCCACCCAUCCACCCCUUUUUUUGUCUGCCCAUCCAUCUCAAACAUCAGAGUUUAGGAGGAUUUAUGCACCCCAGCAUUUUCAGCAUGGUGGUGAUUGGCCCAGGAGCGGUGAUAAAAUUACAAGUCAUAACAACGUGUCAAAUUUGGUAAUAAUUGGCCCAGAGUGGGGCUGCAUCAUUUGAGGGGUAUGUCAUGUUUACUGUUGCCUUGUUUUUAUUGCUGGGGCUGUGGAACUGUGUUGGUGCGCCCUUUGUCCAUCUGAUGCAGUUACUCUGUUUAAAUGAUGGGCUUUAAUCCCAGGUUUACUCUCACUUACUGGCACAUAAUCUGGGUGAAAGAAAGUAUACACUAGCCUGGUGUCAAUUGUAGGGUCUCACAGACAUGGCCAGGGCUUGGUCAUUACGUAUGAUGCACACAUUUCCUUCCUGAGUGCAAUAUUUUUUUUAAAUUAUCUUUUAUAUAUUGUUUUUUUUUUUUUUUUUUUUUUUUUUUUUUUUGCCAAAAUAGGUGAUUUGUUAGCUGUAGUCUAGUUUCUGCUGAAUGAUUUUUUUAGUUAAUGUCCUAGCAUUUGAGGAGUUUCAUCUCCAAUCACAAUAUAUUCAGUUUGAGACAAACCUGUUUUCUGAUCUUCAUGAUUACAUUUUUUUUAAAAAUACAAAUGAUCCUGCAUCAAGUUCUAUGUUCAAGUUCAAAGGUUGUAAGUCAUUUUUGACUGAAAAAGUUAUUUUACAUGUUGGAACAAAGGAAAAUAUCAAGGGUUUCGUUCCAAAUUUCAAUGUAUCCAUUUGGGGAAAAAUACUACCUGAUAUUGUGAGUCUUACUUUUAUGCCAGCAGUUGUACAAAAGGUCAUUGUAUCAUUUUGAAAUGAAAAUCAAAUCAAUUCUAGUUUUAUUGGUUUCACAUUUCAAGCUCAACCCUGUUUAGUUAAUGCGUGCAGUUCAUCAUAUUCAAAAUUUCAAUUCAUUAUCUGUGGAGAAUGUCUUGUGUCUUGUACUGUGUAACAUGCAGGUUAUGGAUGGAGUUUGCCAUUUGCUACUGAAGUAGAACGGUGAAAGAUUUUGCAGGUUAAAAACAGGGUCUUUACUGUUGUCGAAUUCUAGUUAGCCAAAUCAUCAUACUGCCAUAUCCCAUAAUACACACCUGUGUUAGCUUUCUGUUGGAAUGAUUUGCUGAUUGCAGUUGUUAUUGUAAAGACUACCUUUGAAUUUUGCAUUUUCCCAUUUUUCAACCUGUUGUCAACCUCAGAGAAAAGAAGAACACCCUCAAACUUCUCCAUGUUAGCUACAGUACACUGCCUCGUGCUGAACUCUACUCCAAAAUUCCUACAAACUUAUUGCACCAGUUAAAUAUGUGGUACACAAACUCCAAAAGCAUCAAUCUUUCAUGUCGUAUGCAGUUUUGAAAUGUUCUUUUGCUUAAAACAGUCCAGUGACAUUAUCUGAUCACUCCCCUUGUUUCACCUCAUUUGUUUUAAAUAAACAUCAGAUCUUAAGACUGAAUAUAAUUAAAUCAUUUGUUAAGGUGGGCAUUUUUUUGCAGUGUAUUUAUGGGUCAAGAAUAACUUAUACAUUUUUCUGGCCGUUGUGUGAUUUGAUGACCAGUCCUAUUGCUCUGUGGAUGACCUAGAACACCCAUAAUAGUUUUAUGUGUUCUAUAUUUUUAUUUCCUGCAUAUUUCUGCCACUGCUUCACAAGUCCCUUCACUGUGUCUUCCAUGACAAUUUGUUAUUGACCUUAUAGUUGACUUUGUUGUUGACAUUGUUAAUUUUGAUGUGCAAUUAAACUUCACCACUGACAAAUGAAA